AUGAAUCACCUCCUCUAUCUUCUUUCGGCCUGUUUAUGGGCAAUACCAGUAUUUGCGCAUUAUCGAUGGACUUCAUUAAUUGUAAAUGGCACUCUAACUACACCUUAUGCACACGUUCGCAACGGUACUAACGGUAAUUUCCCGGUUAUGGACGUAUCAACGACAAACCUCACAUGUAACUCUGGCGGGGAACACGCAGGAUCCACCACUACCACCACUGUUGCAGCCGGUUCUACAAUCGGAUUUGCUCUAGACGAGGCGAUAUUUCAUCAUGGAGUUCUCAAUGUCUACAUGGCGAAGGCUCCCGAGACUGUCGCAACUUUCAACGGAUCGGGAGAGGUCUGGUUCAAGAUCUACGAGCUCCCUCCUAUCACUGAUGGUGGAAAUUCGAUCACAUUUCCCACGGAUGGGAUGACCAAUGUCACAUUUCCGAUUCCGAACUCCGUACCCUCGGGUGAAUACCUGGUUCGUAUCGAACACAUUGCGCUGCAUCUGGCGCUUAACUAUCAAAAGGCGGAGUUCUAUGUGUCCUGCGCACAAGUCCAGGUUAUCAAUGGAGGACAGGGAGAACCCAAGCCACUGGUGGCGCUCCCCGGAUACUAUACUGGCAGGGAGUCAGGAAUAAUGGUUAAUAUUUAUAAUCCAAUUCCGGUAAAUUACACACAACCUGGGCCUACCCACGCUCACCCGGCUUCCUCGACAAAAUCUACCACCCCCCAAGAAGAGGAUGACGGAAUUUCCGCCGGAUAUAAAAUGUCAGGCGUUGGUAUCCCUGCGUUAAUAGUUGUAAUUGGUGUGCUACAUACCAUUGGCGUGCGCCUACCAGAUUGGCCUAUCUUCUCUGAAUUUAUCACUAAAGAAGCUCUCGCCGACGUCGCUGCCGAAGAAGAUGCCGAAGCCCUGUCAAAGCCUGGCUCGGCUCUACCGUCGGAUGCAGAUUUUCCGAACGAAUCAAGUCCUCUCCUGGAACGAACCAUCGCCGAAAACAAAAAACCAUCGGGCUGGCGCCAGUUUACCUUGACUCUAAUACCGAUCCUCCAAAUUGCCGGUUGGACCGCUAGUUUGGUUCAUCAGGCGAGCUCGGGUCGGUCUGAUAGUUUGAGUGUAAUUAUCCCGGCAGCCACGCUUGUUUCCUGGGUUUACGCGGGGUUGCGCCCAAAUCUUUGGCCUUCUUACACUCCGUACUAUGAUUUACUAGUUUUGUACACUUCUCAAUUUGUUUCGGCAUGUGCUUUUCUGUACGAUGGAUCUGUAACUGUUAUACCGGGCGAUAAUUUUCGUUGGGAACACAUAGGGCGUGUCUUUGAUGCGUUUCUGACCUUUGGCGGAAUUACGAUAAUCUUGAACAUGCCUCUCGAGUCAUCCGGAGAUGCUCAGAUUGAUGCCGAGGGUCGUACCCCGGCACUCGAAGAUCACUGUACAUUGCUCCAAUGGAUAACAUUUUCCUGGGUGAGCCCGCUGGUCGCCCUGGGAUCCCGCCAACCUCUGGGAGAAAAGGAUAUGUGGCAACUUAGCCGGUUAAUGCGUACCCGUGUGCUAAUGAAACAAUUCUCCCAACUGAAAAGGUCAUCUCUUCUUCGAAAGAUUUUGGCCGCCAAUGCGCGGGAUAUGUUUUUGGAUCUAAUUCUGACGGUAUUAUCUGCUAUCCUCGACUUUGGACCACCAGUUUUCCUCAACUUGAUUCUUCGAGCAAUGUCCGCCACCCCGUCAGACGACCUGGUCCGUUCAUCCAAAUUGGACGAACUACGUUUCUACGUUUCCUUCCCGGUCCAUACUCUGCUGCGUUCUCCAAACGACACAGCCACAGGAACCCACCGACCCCUCCAGCCUCAGGACGCCUAUUUUUUCGCUAUUGCAGCUGCAUUUUGUCAAUUAAUCAAGUCCCAAAGCGAUCUUCAGCACUUGUAUUUUGCGCGCCGUGCUUCGGUCCGUAUCAAGGGCGAGCUUGUGGCUAGUAUUUACGAAAAAGCGCUGAAACGCAAGGAUAUGAGCGGCGCGGUGGGCAAGUCGGAUACACAGAAAAAAGGAAAUCCUGAAGAUAGUGCAAGCGCCCCAUCUGAAGAGUCUUCGAGCGCAGAUAUUGGGAAGGUCGUGUCUCUGAUCGCUGCGGAUGCCGAGUGGAUAUCUCGAUUCGUGACUCUGGGCACUUUCAUAUACGACGCUCCUGUGAGCGCGAUUAUAUCUUGCUUUUUUCUUUACAACCUUAUGGGAUGGACGGCUUUCGUCGGCUAUAUUGCACUGGUCCUCACCCUCCCUAUCAACAACUUCCUCGUCCAAAAAACCGCAAUAUACCAACGUUCCGUUUCCGCUAUGCGUGACCGCCGUAUGCAAGCGAUGAACGAAGCCAUCCAAGGCAUCAAAUUCAUCAAGUUCUCCGCCUGGGAGUCUCGUUGGAUUCAACGCGUAUUGGAAGCGCGACACGCAGAAGUAAAAUGGCUCAGCAAACUCAAGUUGACCAAUUUUUUCAUGAUUAUGGUCUGGGACUUGGUUCCGAUUCUGGUGGCCGCAAUUGGAUUUAGCUGUUUUACGUUGGUAGCCAAGCGCGAGCUUACGGUUGAUAUUGCGUUCCCUGCUAUCUCUACUUUCCAUAUCUUGAGUACAAGUCUCUCGAUUUUGCCAUUGACCAUCGCCUCCACCGUCCGCACUCUCGUCUCCAUCCAAAGAAUCGAAGCGUAUCUCUCUGAGGAAGAGGUUCCAGAUCAUAUAUCAUCCCUUAAACGCCCUCCUCCAACCUCUCAUGGCCCAUCGGAAACUCGCUUGGGGUGCAAAAAUGCCAGCUUCCGUUGGCCAACAGUCUCAACACCUACAAAGACAAUCAACCCCACAAAACCUCAGCAAUCGUCCCGCUGGUCUAGGCUCCUUGUUGUGUUGCGCCUACGGAAAGAGCCAUCGCCGCAGGAAGCACAAGAGCCGACUAAUACGGAUGAGGACCAACCAUUUACUUUGCGUGAUAUCAGCGUAGUAUUCCCAGAAGGUGUUUUAUCGCUGGUUUAUGGGCCAACUGGAAGUGGCAAAUCGUCUCUUUUGUCUGCGAUUUUGGGAGAGAUGGACCGACUGGAAGGAGAGUCGUACCUUCCAAAGGAUCCAACUUAUCUACAUACCAAGACUAACUUGAAAAUGGCCAUUAGCUAUUGUGCGCAACAACCCUGGCUAGAACACAAAUCUAUCAAGGAUAAUAUUUUAUUUGGCUCCACGUUCGACGAAGGACGCUAUAAUGCUACGCUGGAAGCAUGUGCCCUCCGACCCGAUUUGGACUUGUUCGAAGGCGGGGACGAAACUGAAAUCGGCGAGAAAGGUGUAUCAUUAUCAGGUGGCCAGAAAGCCCGCGUCGCACUCGCACGCGCCGUAUAUGCACGUACCCAAUUUGUAAUUUUGGACGACGUUUUAUCAGCCGUAGACUCGCAUACUGCCGAACAUAUUGUCCACCGAUGCCUGCGUGGACCCCUGCUUAAGAAUCGUACUGUUGUACUAGUGACUCAUCACGUAGACCUUGUCCUCUCUUCUGCUGGCUGGUUGGUGCAAUUGAACGAGGGCCGGAUCGGAAUACAAGGGACUCCCCAACAGCUUCGUGAAGCUGGCGCUCUAUUGCAAACACGGGAGUUGGAUUCUAAGGAGCCUACAGGUGAAACCGCCGAUGAGGAUGGCUCAGCCGCAGGCACCAAACCCGAAAAAGAUAAAAAGCCGGCCAGGAAGUUGGUAGAAGACGAGGGCAAAUCAACUGGUUCCGUGAGAGCCGAGGUUUACAGGACGUAUCUUUCGGCCGGAUCCUAUUGGCUUUUCGGAUUGUUGGUUUUAUUUUUAACGCUGGACCAGACUGUUCAAUUGCUUCAGAAAUUCUGGGUCAAACAUUGGGGCGAAAGCUAUGAGACUCAAACCCAAGAUUCAGCGGUCUCUCGUAAUUGGUUUGACUUUGGGUUCCCUUCAGCAAGCCGUAACGUGGUUCCAUAUUUAGCCAUGUAUCUGAUUAUUCAAACUACAAAUUCUGUUAUAAAUGUACUGAGCCAAGUUCCCGACAUCUGGGCUACUCUACGAGCAUCGCGGACCCUGUACGAGAAAAUGCUUCAUUCCGUUAUGAAAUCUCCUACUCGUUUCUUCGAUGAGACACCUUCAGGUAGAAUUCUGAAUCGCUUUAGCAAAGACAUUGAUACGGUUGAUAGCGGAAUUCAAACGUUCAUGGUCAACGCUCUAACCCAGGCUUUGAUACUCCUUAUUGCGGUUGGGACCAUCGUAUAUGCGGUCCCUUAUUUCAUUUUUCCAGCAGUUGUAAUCGCCUAUCUGCAUAUUUGGCUCUCGGGAGGAUACGUUAGCGUGUCGCGCGAUCUUCGAAGGAUCGAAUCGACAACUCGGUCUCCUAUUGUGGCAUCUUUUAGUGAAUUGUUGGCCGGGAUUGUGACGGUACGAGCCUUUGGUGCUGAAAGGGAAUUCCUCUCGAAUAUGUACAAACGGUUGGACCUCACCCAAACCGCAACGCACUACUACUGGAUGUGUAAUCGCUGGCUGGGCCAUCAAGGGAGGGGCCACUGCCGGGUUAACAGGAAUUAUUUUACACAGGCUCAACAAUACGUCCGUUCGCUCUACUUUGGCUUGAGAUUUUGGACCGAGUUAGAGCAGUCAAUGAACUCCGUGGAGAGGAUCCAGGAUUAUCUGGAGUUGCCGUCUGAGCCACCUAGGAUCAUUCCGGGUAACCGCCCACCCGCGUAUUGGCCCUCGGCUACGACUGGAUCCUUGAUCGUGGAAGACUUGACGGUCAAUUAUGCGGCCGAUUUGGAACCGGUCUUGAAGCAAAUCUCAUUCGCCGUUCGCCCAUCGGAGAAGAUUGGAAUCGUGGGACGGACUGGGUCUGGAAAAUCAACGCUAGCCCUGGCAUUAUUCCGAUUUACCGACCCUGCUGGCGGAAAAAUUAUUCUCGACGGUAUCGACAUUACGACAAUCGGACUAGAUGAUCUGCGCUCCAAGUUAACACUGAUCCCUCAAGAUGCUGUCUUGUUUAAAGGAACUAUUCGCGAUAAUCUAGAUCCCUUCAAAGAUUACACAGACGCUGAAUGUAUCGAGGCUCUCAAGCGAGUUCACCUCCCAGUUGAGAGCAGAGAAAUCCGAACCUUAGACCAUUCCAACCAGACCGUCUAUGUUAACUCGGGAGAGCUAUUGGAAACAGGCCCACCCGCAACCAAAGCUGGAGUACCCAAGCUCGUGGCAUUGACUCUUGAAACCGCAGUUAGUGAAGGAGGUAAUAAUUUCAGCCAUGGUCAACGUCAGCUCCUUUCCAUGGCGCGGGCUUUACUGAGAAGUUCAAACGUGAUUGUGAUGGAUGAGUCGACGGCUUCGGUGGACUUUGAGACGGAUGCCAAGAUCCAAGCUACGAUUCGUGAAGAAUUCAAGCAAAGUAUGCUCAUCACGAUUGCCCACCGACUCCGGACGGUUAUUGAUAACGACCGAAUUCUGGUCCUUGAUGCUGGUCGCGUUGUCGAGUUUGACACUCCUAAAAGGCUGCUCGAAAAUUCCAACGGAAUUUUCCAUGAGAUGUGCAAGAGAAGUGGAGAUUAUGAGUAUUUGCUCCGCGCGCUUGGCGUUUCCCCGAAGUAG